CUCCGGCCCCGCCCCGGCCUCCGCCUUCUCCUGAGUCCGGGCACCGGCCCCGGCCCCGAGGGGCGCGGAGCCGCCGCUGCUGCCCUCGGGGACGUGCUUCCCUCUCGCGCCGUGACCAUGGAGCACCCGGGAGCGGGAGGGAUAAAUUCCAGCGAGUGUGAAAAUGAAUUAGGGGAAGAGAUGAUGACGGAGGAAUUUAAAGCUAACACUAUGGUCGAAAUGCCAUUUGCUACAAUAGAUAUUAAAGACGAUUGUGACAUUACGGAUAUACCUCAAAUCAAUUCCAAGAGAAAUAAAGAAAAUCAAUGUAUCAAGAGUGAUCAAAUAAAGAAGAAGAAAAAAAAGCACAAAGAUAAUCAACCCAACUAUUUCCUAUCCAUUCCAAUCACCAACAAAGAGAUUACAAGAGGAAUUAAGAUCCUGCAGCACGCAAUAAUAGAACAAGAUAAGCGACUGGCCAAAACAAUGGUUGGUGAUGGUUCCUUCCACGUUACCCUGCUAGUGAUGCAGUUAUUAAAUGAAGAUGAAGUAAACAUUGGUAUUGAUGCUCUUUUGGAAUUAAAACCAUUCAUAGAAGAAAUUCUCCAAGGAGAUAAUUUGACUUUGCCCUUUGAAGGGAUUGGCACUUUUGGAAAUCAGGUUGGAUUUGUGAAGCUGGCAGAAGGAGAUCACAUAAAUCCACUUUUGGAGAUAGCAGAAACGGCAAAAAGGACAUUUCAAGAAAAAGGCAUCCUGAUAGAAGAAAGCAAAAGUUUUAAGCCUCAUUUGACCUUCAUGAAAUUGUCAAAAUCACCAUGGCUCCGUAAGAAUGGAGUGAAAAAAAUAGACCCUGAACUCUAUGAAAAAUUUAUUAGUCACAGAUUUGGAGAAGAAAUUUUACAUCGCAUAGAUUUGUGCUCCAUGCUGAAGAAAAAGCAAAGUAAUGGUUAUUAUCACUGUGAGUCUUCAAUUGUCUUUGAACUGGCUGCUGGCAGUGUCAUGGCGACUCAGAACCUCCCUCCCCAAGACUAUGGAAUUGAUGACGACUCUUACGAAGUGUUGGAUUUAACUGAGUAUGCAAGAAGACAUCACUGGAGGAAUCAAGUGUUUGGCCACAGUUCGGGACCUGUGGUAGAAAAAUACUCAGUAGCUACCCAGAUUAUAACGGGUGGCGUGACUGGCUGGUGUGCAGGAUUUGUGUUCCAGAAGGUGGGAAAACUUUCAGCCACUGCAGUAGGUGGUGGCUUUCUUCUCCUUCAGAUUGCCAGUCACAGUGGCUGUGUGCAGAUCCACUGGAAGAGAGCUGAAAAAGAUGCAAACAAAGCCCAACGACAGAUUAAGAAACGAGCCAACAAAGCAGCACCUGAAAUCAACAACAUAAUCAAAGAAGCAACAGAAUUUAUCAGGCAGAAUAUCGUGAUGUCCGGUGGAUUUGCAGGAGGCUUUUUGCUAGGCCUUGCAUCUUAAGGACAUGAGCAUUCUACCCUUGUGGACUCAACUGUGGAAAGAAAAGUGGUGGAAGCAACGUGAGCUCUCAACAAAACGUGCCACCAGAGUCACCAGGGCAAGGAAAAACAGCGAGCUGGACAAUACUGAAUUCACAACUUAGCAUUUUGUCACCUGAAGCUUGAUAUUUGCUGUAAAAUAACCCAUGUGGUAUGCGAACAGUAGGAUUCCUGAGCAAAACAUGGCUUUAUCGUGUUUUAAACAUUUGCAUCUGUUUAGAACUUAGCCUAUAAAAUAUCACCACUGGUUAUAGAUAUAUGCAGAAAAAAAUCUGUUGGAUUUAAUGCUCAGGGAAAUAUUAUCCUCUUUUUAUUUAAAUAAACUGUUCUUCAUUGUGCUUUAUAAUUUAGUGCCAAUAAUUAAAAAUUUAUAUUAUAGCUUCAGUAUUAGGGUACUUUUUUUUUUUUAAGAUAUGUUUGCAAUAAAAAACUGUAAUGUCCUUUUGUGGAAAACUUUAGAAAUAAUAGAAUUAUUAAAGAUAAUUAUAAGAUAAAGAUAAUGGAUUCUGCUAAUAUAACUUAAUACCAGUUUUAGGUUGUUUUCCCUGCAGUUAUACUUUGCUUAUUUAAUAACUAUACAUUUUGAAGAAGGCUCUUCUAAGGAUGUACUACAACAUGUCUAAAGCUUUUUUAAUUUUUUUUUCCUUUUCUAUAGUUUCUAGUAUGAAAGCUUCUGACUUUUAAAAAUUUGUUUAUUCUGGCAGCUGGAGCAAAACUAAUUAUUUGAGGGAAUACAUAUAGUUGGGUCACUGAUUCAUUUUAUUAAUGCUAAUAUAUAUCUUUUUUCCAUUUCUAAAAUUUCUAACUAUUUUGGCCUCUUCUUUACCAAGUGAUUUAAAAAUCACUUUAAAAUACUUAAUGGUUUAGUAUGAAUUUACAGUAUAGAGAAUAGUGAUUUUUCUAUGUAAUCAUGAAAUUGAAAAGAGAAUUAUCUUCUUGAUCUAGUCAGAGAAGACUAAGGCUUUCAGACUUUCGGUAGCAUUAAGUUAGUUGAACACUAGGCUAGUUUACGUCUUUCUCAGGACCAAUGUCACACUCCCUCAGAGGCUUCUUUACCUAGAAAUCUUUCUGCUUUAUUAGUUUUGUCCAUAGAGUUCUAGCUUGGAAUUGGGGAAAACGGCAGAACAAGUUUAGAAAGACUACAACUCUUCUGAACAUCUCUGUUUAAUAGAAGGCCCCAGAGUCUUAUUUUGUGUAUUGUAAAUGUGACAUUUCAUACUCUCAAAAUUGGUUACAGGCUACAUGCUGUCAAUAUUACGAGACUCCUUAAAAUUGAAUGUGAAAUUAAUCUUUUUAAAAAAAUGUCCUCUUUUCCUUGA